AUGUCUGGGCUGCGUACCACCAUGCGCUGUGUACUAAGCGCCUCUCGACGCUCGUUGCAGUUUCGUGCAUUCAUGUCGACGCGUGCACCGGAUAUUUUCUUCCAAACACCGUCGUUUCCAAUGCCUGAUGAUCCAUCGUUAUGGCAGGAUAAAUACCCACGAGCAGACCCGUCGCAUUUAUGGAAAGUGGGUUCUUUUCCAUUACAAAACGAGCAGGAGGUUGCUGAUGCGGAAGAAGGGACAUUAGUAUGUUCACAAGAUGUAUGGGAUACAUCGGGUAUGCUCAGUACUUUGCAGGAUAGUCUACCGCUGUGUGAUUCAGACAGCCCCCGUAAUGUCGAAGAACUAUUACGUCAAAUGGAUGGGUAUUUGGCGGAUAGUGUGGUGAAGAAACGGCGAAAGAAAAUGAACAAACACAAGCAUCGUAAGCGAAAGAAAGCAAUGCGUAUGCGUACGAAGAAGAACUAA